AUGAAGAUAUUCUACAUAGGCGUGAUCCGCAACGAUCCUCAGCCUGCGACUGAACUGGCUGUGGAGCGGGAUCUCUCCUCCUUUUCCCGAUUCACUCGUGACAGCUAUGGUGAAUUUAUGUCUAUGUUCGCGAAGACCGUCGCGGAGCGCACCCGGGCUGGCGUCCGUCAAGACAUCGAAGAGAAGAGCUACACUUUCCACGCCUACGGCUCGACGGCGGGCGUCGCCGGCAUCAUCAUCUCCGACGCUGAAUACCCUGCGCUUGUCGCACAUCAGCUUCUGUCCAAAAUCGUCGACGAGUUCACCACGUCUCACCCGCAAUCCUCCUACAUCUCGACCUCCGUGACUUCGGUGCCGUACCCGCAACUCAAGGAAUACAUUGUGAAAUACCAGGAUCCGAAUCAGGCGGACAGCAUCAUGAAGGUGCAGCGCGAACUGGACGAGACCAAGAUUGUGCUUCACAAGACCAUCGAGAGCGUGCUGGAGCGUGGCGAGAAGAUUGAUAGCCUGGUACAGAAGAGCGACGGGCUGAGCGCACAGAGCAAGAUGUUUUACCAGCAGGCCAAGAAGCAGAACAGCUGUUGCGUCGUCAUGUAA